AUGGGGAAUUGUUGUGGCAGUCCGAGUUCGGCUACUAGCGAGAGUAAACAAGGGAAACCCAAGAACAAAAACAAUCCUUUUCACAGCAACGAGUACACAACAACGAAUAGAUCUGGAGCUGGAUUUAAGCUCUGUGUGUUGAAAGAUCCUACAGGACAUGACAUUUCCUUGCAGUAUGAUCUAGGACGCGAGGUUGGUCGAGGAGAGUUUGGUAUAACUUACUUGUGUACUGAUAUCAAAACAGGCGAAAAGUAUGCGUGCAAGUCCAUAUUGAAGAAGAAGCUGAGAACAGCAGUGGAUAUAGAGGAUGUGAGAAGGGAGGUUGAGAUAAUGAAGCAUAUGCCUAAACAUCCGAAUAUCGUCUCUUUGAAGGAUUCAUUUGAGGAUGAUGAUGCAGUGCAUAUAGUUAUGGAGUUGUGUGAGGGAGGAGAGCUCUUUGAUCGGAUUGUCGCAAGAGGUCAUUACACUGAGCGUGCUGCUGCUGCGGUUAUGAAGACUAUUGUUGAAGUUGUUCAGAUAUGCCAUAAGCAGGGAGUGAUGCAUCGGGAUCUUAAACCGGAGAACUUUCUUUUUGCAAAUAAGAAAGAGACAUCACCCCUUAAGGCCAUUGAUUUUGGAUUAUCUGUCUUCUUCAAACCUGGUGAACAAUUUAAUGAGAUUGUUGGAAGUCCUUAUUACAUGGCACCCGAGGUUCUGCGACGAAACUAUGGACCAGAGAUCGAUGUCUGGAGUGCAGGAGUCAUACUCUAUAUCCUGCUUUGUGGUGUCCCACCAUUUUGGGCAGAGACUGAACAAGGGGUGGCUCAAGCAAUCAUUAGGUCAGUAAUUGACUUUAAGAGAGAUCCAUGGCCAAGAGUUUCUGACAGCGCCAAAGACCUUGUGAGAAAGAUGCUUGAACCAGAUCCAAAAAAACGGCUUUCUGCUGCAGAAGUACUCGAACAUUCUUGGAUCCUGAAUGCAAAGAAGGCUCCAAAUGUCUCUCUUGGGGAGACUGUGAAAGCAAGGCUCAAGCAGUUCUCUGUUAUGAACAAGCUCAAGAAACGAGCUCUACGAGUGAUAGCUGAGCACUUGUCAGUGGAGGAAGCAGCCGGGAUAAAGGAAGCAUUUGAAAUGAUGGAUGUGAAUAAGAGAGGCAAGAUAAACCUCGAGGAGCUUAAAUAUGGACUUCAAAAAGCUGGACAACAGAUAGCUGAUGCUGAUCUUCAGAUUCUUAUGGAAGCUACUGAUGUUGAUGGGGAUGGGACGCUGAACUAUGGCGAGUUUGUGGCUGUUUCGGUGCACCUGAAGAAGAUGGCGAAUGAUGAACACUUGCAUAAAGCUUUUAACUUCUUUGAUCAGAACCAGAGUGGUUACAUAGAGAUUGAAGAACUCCGUGAAGCCUUGAAUGAUGAAUUGGAUGAUACUAGUAGUGAGGAAGUUAUAGCUGCCAUUAUGCAAGAUGUUGAUACCGACAAGGACGGUCGUAUAAGCUACGAAGAGUUUGCUGCGAUGAUGAAAGCUGGGACAGAUUGGAGAAAAGCGUCGAGGCAGUAUUCCCGGGAAAGAUUCAACAGUUUGAGCCUCAAGUUAAUGAGAGAUGGUUCAUUGCAAUUAGCAGGAGAGACAUAA